GCCUUCAACCGCAGGCAACUGACGUCGACUGUCCACAGCUUGUUAUUCGUGUUUUCGAGGCAUUCGCGUCAAUACCCGCUCGUUUUGUACUUUUAGAAGGGCCACCACUUUUUCCAUGGUUCCCUGACUUUUAUUUCUCUCUAGGGCCUGGAGGUAAACAAAUAGCGAGAACAACAACAGCCAUGGCUUCGUCUGGCGGUGCUUCCUCGAUCUCGGUCACGGUCCGAGUCCGACCUUUCACAAUCAGAGAAGCUGCUCAAUUGACAAAAUGCGACGAGACGACUAUCUUUCUGGGCGACGGUUCGCUGGCGGCCGCACCAACACCCAAGCUGUCACAAAAGGGCAUCCGGCCAGUGAUCAAGGUGGUGGACGAGAAAUGUUUAGUGUUCGAUCCUCCCGAAGACAAUCCAGUACAGAAAUUCUCUCGCUCCCUCGUCCCUUCCGGUAAGCGAGUGAAAGACCAAACCUUUGGUUUCGACAGAAUCUUUGAUGAAAAUGCGUCCCAAGGGGAAGUGUACGAGUCAACCACUAGGCCACUGCUGGACAGUGUUUUGGACGGCUACAAUGCGACGGUCUUCGCCUACGGUGCCACAGGGUGUGGCAAGACGCACACCAUUACGGGUACGGUUCAACAACCAGGCAUCAUCUUCCUUACCAUGCAAGAGCUCUUUGAAAGAGUGUCAGAACUGUCAUCCGAGAAGGUCACCGAUAUUUCCUUGUCAUACCUCGAGAUUUAUAACGAGACGAUCCGCGAUCUGCUGGUGCCGAGCAAUGUAAAAGGAGGUCUCAUGUUGAGAGAGGAUGCGAACCAAACAGUAUCCGUUGCAGGGCUAUCUAGUCACCACCCACAGAAUGUACAAGAGGUCAUGGACAUGAUCAUGCAAGGAAAUGAGAUGCGGACAAUGUCACCCACCGAAGCUAAUGCUACCUCUUCCCGUUCCCACGCAGUACUUCAAAUCAAUGUUGCCCAAAAAGAUAAAAAUGCUGGCAUCGAGGAACCUCACACCAUGGCAACCUUAAGCAUCAUCGACCUGGCCGGAAGCGAAAGAGCUAGUGCAACGAAAAAUAGAGGAGAACGACUAUUGGAGGGUGCCAACAUAAACAAGUCUCUUCUCGCUCUCGGCAGCUGCAUCAACGCUCUCUGUGACCCUCGGAAACGCAAUCAUGUUCCUUAUCGAAACUCCAAGCUGACACGCCUGCUCAAAUUUUCUCUUGGAGGGAAUUGCAAGACUGUGAUGAUUGUGUGCGUCAGCCCUUCCAGUGCACAUUUCGAUGAGACCCAGAAUACCCUAAGAUACGCCAAUAGGGCAAAGAAUAUCCAGACCAAAGUCACCCGUAAUGUGUACAAUGUCAAUCGACACGUCAAGGACUUCCUCGUCAAGAUUGACGAGCAGAUGGCUCUCAUCAAUGAAUUGAAGGCCCAACAAAAGGACUACGAGGCUGUAGCAUUUGCCAAAUUCAAGAAGCUAAACGAGAAAAAGGAAACCAUCGCAAGGGAGGGAGUGCAGAGAAUCAGAAGUGCAUACGAACAUUCUGCCAUCGAGAGACAAGAGCGAACCAACAAUAUGAUCAAGUUGAAGCAGUUGGGACGACGUAUCGCCAUGUUAUCUGCAUGGAUCACAGCCUUCGAUACUGUCUGCGAUGCGCUCGAGGACGAAGAGCCUUUGAAAAACAUGCACGCCAUCAAGAAGACUGCUCAAGGAAUCAUGAUGGAACUGGAGAGUGGCCGUCACCACUGCCAGCAAAAAGUCUCAAAGAACGCGUGGGAUCGAGGCAUGAACACUGCACUAGACCACUCUUUGAAGCAACUUUGCGAAGUUGAUACUGGAGACAUGACCGACUCCGAGAUGUUGCGUCGCGAAGUCGAGAUGCUGAAGCUGACAGCUGAACGCGAGACACUUUCGGCUAUCAAUGAAUCCGAAAAGACAGGCGAUGCGGCUACCAUUCAGGUUUUACUGCAAGCCCACUUCGAAACGAUCUCGGCCAUCGAAAACUUGAAUAGGAUGAACGUCGACGAAGCCGUCGAAGCCGCAACACAGAUUCUUGGAAAGAUGCUCAAGUCAGCCUCGGGUGCUGCUUCGUACAUCGUGAAGCCUGACGGCAGCCUCGCCCCAGUCGAAGCAUUCGCACCCUCUAAGACUGGCACUCCUAAAAGACGUAGGCAGAAUCUGAACAACUCUGUGCUUGAGCUCAGCCCUCUUCGACCCAGCAUGGCGUCUGCUAUCCCCAUGCACGUCAUGCACUCACCGCCCAAGGCAUCUCCCAAACGACGAGGAUUACUCGGCAGCGCGAAGAAGGGCGUGUCCUUUACUCCAAAGAAGCGAAAGUCUCCCACCAAGGUAAAGCGAGCGGUUAGAUGGCGAGAUGAUACCGAGGAUGGUACAUUGGCUGAGUUCGAGAAGACCCCUCAGAAGCUUGCAACAUCUUCACCUGAGGAGUCGACUACAGAGAUUGCCGUCCCACAAGACUCCGACCUGACCGCCUCCCUGGGACAGGCCCGAGAUCAGUCUCCAGGAUCGUCUCCAAUCCCACCACCACCUGAAUCGCAACUAGCGGUGCAACCGAAGAACAGUCGGUUCCAAGCAGGUUUCUUGUCUAAGAAAUAUGAUGGUUCACCAUUGGGAUCCAUGCCGCCGCCUAGGAUGACCCCACUUUCGUCUUCAGAUAGUGAGACUUCGCCUCUCAGAGAGAUUGAUCCUAGCAAAGCGACAAAUCGACGCUCUUUGACUCCGUCUAAUAAGCACGUUCUCGAUAUCGGCACCGACAGUUCCAGCAACCCGUCGUCAGACACGGAGAACCAGAACAACCCCAACAAAGACGAAGUCAUGAAGAUCCGUGAGGCAGUUAGGCGCUCAAGCUCGGUUCGUCGCUCUGGGAUCGGCUCUCGUACUCAACGCAGACGAUCUCCGACAGCGGCGACGGGCAUCUCGGGAUCUCCACCUAAUGACAGUAUGUUUGCUGCUGGCCAUGUUAGAAGGAUGGUCCUGGGCAAGACCGACAAAGAGAAUGAGUGGAAAGUUGGUGUGUUGAGCCCUCGUGUGUCUGGUAUUGUCAGGGACUCGAAGAGCCUCAGCAUGAAUUCGGCCCGACGAACAACUAUGAAUGGCGAUGCGAGAUCGACACCCAUCAGCAAUGAUCGUAAUGGAGUUAGAAUGGGUUCGACUUCAAGGGGAAGUCUGAUGCCCAAUGGAAAGGCUGUCUGGCGUUGAUGGGUGUCCCAAAAGCAAAAACUUAGAAUCGGAUCGUUCAUGGAUUCUUGUCUUUUUCUUCGGUUUUGGCAUUCUUGGGCGUCUCAAGGACGGAUGAAGGGACCAGAGGCCUUGGUAUGGGCUGCGCAUCUUUGACCGGAGUCGACAUGAUGUUCACCUUCAACAACAGCGCCACCAGGGGGCCCUUGUAAUUAGUAGCGGUCUGCUCAUGUUCGAGUUUUAGAACAAGACCUUUUAUGACUAACGAUAAGUCUUUUUGCUUGGAAU